CUAUACUACUACUACUACUACUACUACUACUACUACUACUACUACUACUACUACUACUACUACUACUACUACUACUACUACUACUACUACUACUACUACUACUACUAUUACCAAUAAUAAUAAUAAUAAUAACCAAUCACAUCCAUCUCGUUUCCUUGACAAUAUCCAUCCCAUCGAUAUAUUAGGCAAUGAAAAUAAGUCAUGA